AUGCCAUCGAAUCCGCCGCAGUCUGGAAAGACAUGCUUUGUCACCAUUGGCGCCACAGCAUCCUUCACCGGCUUGAUCAAAGCGACUCUUACUCCAGACUUCCUCGCCGCAUUGGAAUCACACGGAUAUACGGAAUUACUGGUACAAUAUGGUCAAGGCGGCAAGGAAUUAUUCGAUGGCUGCUGUGCGGGAGUAUUAUCGACUGUGAGACUUCAUAUUCAUGGUUUCGACCUCGAUCAGGCGGGUCUGGGACCAUAUAUGCUACGCGCCAAAGGUGGACAGCGGAAUGGACGAGAGGAGGGUGUUGUGAUUAGCCAUGCCGGUUCUGGUACGAUCCUCGACGCUCUGCGAAUUUCCGUUCCGAUUAUUGUGGUGCCGAAUUCUGAACUGCUGGAUAAUCAUCAGGUCGAACUUGCUGAGGCGCUGGCUGAGCAGGAAUAUGUUGUUCAUGGGAGGUUGGAAGAGUUGAGUCGGGCGUUGCAGGAGGCGAGUGUGUUGGCACAGAGAUAUAAGGCGUGGCCGCCUGUCAAUAGUGGUGUGCAUCGGGAGGUCAUGUCGUUGAAGAGCGUGCUGGAUGAUGAGAUGGGAUAUUUGGAUUAG